CGUACCAUAUUCCCUCCAUUAUGUCCAAGAAUUAUCGUACGCUCAUUCAGUCAGAACCGCUUCUCGCAGCCGACUUUCGAAUUAGUACAGCUCAGCAGACGACGACACAUCAACGGACACGGACAGGACAGACGCGUACGCACGUACCGGACAGUACUCCAACAUUGCUGUGCCUCACCCCUCACCACCACCACCACGACGCACCAUCGACGGAACCUUGCCCCUGGAGUCUCGGCCCUCGAGGAAUCCCAACCAGGAUUUUCGCUGCUUCACCAGCCCGCAGUCUUUUACCCCUCUUUCUCCAAAUUCGAAGCCACCUUAUCAUUACCUUACCACGUCUUGGGCGCGGGCGUGGGCUUGGGCGUGGGCUUGGGCGUGGCUGACAGUGGUGUAACUCGAACCGCUGGCUGCUCCGUCUGCUGCUGUUAAUGUUACUACUGAGAUACCACUACCCAUACAACUACAAACCACGCACAGCCGCUAGCGAAAUAGUUGUGCAUAGCGUCUACACUGCCUUGGCCCACGGCUUGGUCCUGGUGGAGGUUCGCCUGUGCGGCAGCCCGCUUUGUAGAUACCUCGUCCAGCUCGGAAAACGUCUCCUAAGCAAGCUGGUUUGGUCCAGGAAAAACAAGCUCCUAAGUCAGCUACACCGUAGCAUGACCUCGAAAUUCUCAUCUUCGUCGGAUCGCGACAGCACCACCGGUGGCGGUCAGCAAGCCGCUCCCUCCUCCGCUCGACAGAGCAGGGACGGGGCGGCUUCCCAUGCUGGUCGUCCCAGACCUUCUACAGCUACUUCCCGCGGCGGCUUCGCCAGCGAUGAACGGUCGACACGGGAUGGAAUGAUCGACUACGUGGAUGAAGAAGACGACGAGGAAGCCGAAGAAGCGCGACACGACAGCGGAAGUGGAAGCGAUGUCGAGAUUGAAGAUAUCACAGAUGCGCCGCAAUCACCACCGCCAAAUUACUCACGACCGCGACCACCGCAAUCACCACAAACACCAAACAUGAACAACAACAACUCACCAGAAAGACCACCACCUCCACCACCAAAACCACCAAGAAAGAAGACUCUACCCGGAGACCCAGCCUACGUCUCACCCAUAGGCAAAAUCGGUCCAAUAGGGAGCAUCCCCAAGAUCUCUUCCCCCAGCAACUGCGAAAAGGGCGGCAUCUCCGUCUCUCCCUCCUCGCGCCCCCAACUCCCUCCCUUCAUCGGCUCGUACCUCAAAGGCAAAACCGUCGACGAAUACGGGGACAUCAUCGACCCCCAAACGGGCACAAUCCUCGCGCACGCCGGAGGCGAUCUGCCUUCGAUUGUGGGGAGGCAGGUGUCCAACAACCAAGGGGAUAUCUUGGGGGAUGAGGGGGAGUUGUUGGGGUAUGUGGCUGAUGUUGAGGUUGGGAAGAAGGCUGCUUCUCCCGAGGGAGCACCAAAACAGCCGAUGAUGAGUCUGGCGGAGGUGAUGAGCCGUAACAAGGCGGCGUUGAUGGUGGAUCAUGAAGGGAAUAUUUUGGAUGCGCAGGGGAAUGUGGUGGGCAAGUUUUUGGAUAAGAAUAAUCCUAUGCAUAGGGAAAGGCAGGAGAAGGAAGAGAAAAACGAGAAACAGAGACAGAAAGGGAAGGGGAAAGAGAGAGAGGAGGAUGGGGGGAUACCUGCGCCGCAGUAUGAGAAGGCUGAGGAGGAUGAGGAGGAGGCUCCUGGGGAGGAGCCACAGCGGGAACAAUCAAGACCGCCAAGAAGAACGGAAGAAGAGAGGAGGGCAAACGCAGCUGCGUGGAGAAAGGAGAAUCCGGGAGAGAGCCCGUCGGAUAUCUUUCUGGAUGUCAAGUCCACGACGGAGGGGAUUCAGUUGACGAUUCGGAUUCCCACUGUGUUUGGGAAUGGGCAGCAGUUGAAGCCGAAUAUUUCGUUUUCUUGAGCCAAGCAUUGAAAGAACGUAUUUUGAGCAUGGAAGGGAAACUCGGAGCAGGCGUUUUGGGAGUUUCAAAGAUGGAAAGUAAUAUU